CAUUUUGGAACAAAAAAUAAACAAUAGACAGAAAACAAUUCGGGAAGGGCUUCUCCGCAACUUCAAAACAGAAAAAGCAAACUUAAAGCUUCAAAAAGCAAAAUCGAAUUGAUUUGAGCUUGAAAGGCAAAAUUAUUUCUAAAAUUGAACUUGUCGAAUGAAUUUGUUAGAAACCAUACAAUUGCAAACGGUUAGCAUCUUCGCUCCAAUUGGCCCAGUUUUGUUGAUGUUUUAGAUAUCCUGUUUAUGGCUUCUAUAAACCCAAAGCUUGAUAAUUUUUUGGUCAAGAGAUUAUGCAGAGAUGAGUACGAGAGUAUUAAAUCAUGUGAAAGUGCUAUCAUUGAUGCUAAUGGAACUGAGCGAUAUGUUUUGUUAACUGAUCGGAACCUGCGGCUUAUCGACAGUCCUCCAAAAAAUAUCAAACUGCAAAUAUCUCUCUCCGACAUAGUAUCAGUAAGCUAUGAGCACAACUAUGUACCCUUUUUAAAUGGUCUGGAUCGUGAAAACACUCAGCACAUCAAAGUUGAAAUUUUAGAUACUAAUUUGAACAGGUUGGGUUCUAAGAAGAGCAGUAAGUCUAUAUCGGAUACUCAUUUUUUAGAUUUGUACAUUAGAUCUAAAACAUCCUCAUUUUGCGCGAACAUAAAGCAUGCCGUUGCCAGAUAUAUUAUAAAAAGUACCCGGAUGACAAGUAUGGAAAACGACCCUGAGAACCAGAUUUUUCUUAGCAAGCCUGAACACAUUCGAUUCCUUUUCCAAGAAUUGAAGACUGACUUGCUCGAAAGUGACGGAGAAGUAGAAAACAUGUUCAUGUUGCUUAGAGAGCUUCUCCAGAGCGCUAGAAAAAGUUAUUUUGUCAAGAAAUUAUUCUGGAAAGAUUUUGUGCUGGUAGAGUUUUUCUUAGAGCAAUUGAAAAAAUAUUGUCUUACAUCAUCUGUGAAUCUUAGUUACAAUCUAGCUGCUGAUGCACGAAGUGACGAACUGGAACUGAUAACUUUGAUUAUGGAGUUAUUCGCAGAAUUUGUUUGCGAAACGGAAAGUGUCAACGAGCGAAAUGCAUUUUUACAAGCUGAAGAAUUCAGUUACGUUCGAAAACUAACAGUUUUUUGUCUUUCCGAACCCGCGAUGCCAGAAAAGUUUAAAAAACCAAUAAAAACAAGAAAUAUUGCGGAUAUUUUUGCUGGAUCCUGUCGUUCAACAACGGAAUCCGCGAAUUCCCCAGCUGAUGAACUGCUAAUUAGUUACUGUAACUUUGCGCUAGCUCGACAAGCACUUCUGUUUGAGCUUACUAUCUCUGCCGUAGAAAUGAAAUGGAUGAAUCCGAGCAACCGAUUCGAUAUAAAGUGGCUGGCAGCUCAACUCGUUAAGCAUGAAGAAGGUUUGUAUGAGUUCAGCAGGGUUCUGAUAUGGCUAGCAAUGGUCAUACUUGAUCUAACAGUGCCCGAUACUCUGACUCCGAAACAGUCGUUGUGGAUAUAUGAAAUUUUUGGUUUCAUUCAAAUCCUGAUCGAUCACAGUCAGAAAUUUGCCGGUUUUUUCCGCUGUGAGUUUCAAGAAGAGUUCAAGUACUUCUUCCUGGCCGAAAUUGUGCGGAAGCGACUGGACGAAGAAAGUCGAAUCAGCGCCAAAAUUAUGGGCCAGAUGAAAACUCUCCGUGAUGCUGUAGUUUCCCAGUAAAUCAUCUAUCAUUCUGUCAUUUCAAUUAUCUAUCCUCUGUAAAUAGAAUUUCUGUAUAUAAGUGUACAAUUUAAGCAAUGUAAUAUAUUAAUUAGAUUCAAUUUCGA